AGCGUUUGGUAAAUGUAGUUGGAAAUGCAACAUAUAAAAAGUGUUCAAAUUAUGUCUUACUUGUAUAGUUCAAUUUCAAUGGCGUGCAGUUAUUUCAUUAUGAUAUGUGUUUUUCAGUAUUCUUUUGCCGCUCCAUCUUCUACAACACUCACAACCCGAUCUACUCAAUCUGCAAUGACAUCGACGACGAUUCAAACAUUCGAUUCCACACCAUCGUUUACAGCUGCACCAGCAACGACAGCGGCAUCAACAACGACAGCUGCACCAGCAACGACAGCGGCACCAACAACGACAGCUGCACCAGCAACGACAGAGGCGUCAACAACGACAGCUGCACCAACAACUACAGCUGCACCAGCAACGACAGCGGCAUCAACAACGACAGCGGCAUCAACAACGACAGCGGCACCAGCAACGACAGCUGCAUCAGCAACGACAGCGGCACCAGCAACGACAGCGGCAUCAACAACGACAGCGGCACCAACAACGACAGCUGCACCAGCAACGACAGCUGCACCAACAACGACAGCUGCACCAGCAAAGACAGCGGCAUCAACAACGACAGCGGCACCAACAACGACAGCUGCACCAGCAACGACAGCGGCAUCAACAACGACAGCUGCAUCAACAACGACAGCUGCACCAGCAACGACAGCGGCAUCAACAACGACAGCUGCACCAACAACGACAGCUGCACCAGCAACGACAGUGGCAUCAACAACGACAGCGGCACCAACAACGACAGCUGCACCAGCAACGACAGCGGCAUCAACAACGACAGCGGCAUCAACAACGACAGCGGCACCAGGAACGACAGCGGCAUCAACAACGACAGCGGCAUCAACAACGACAGCUGCACCAGCAACGACAGCGGCAUCAUUAACGACAGCGGCAUCAACAACGACAGCGGCACCAGCAACGACAGCGGCAUCAACAACGACAGCGGCAUCAACAACGACAGCGGCACCAGCAACGACAGCGGCAUCAACAACGACAGCGGCAUCAACAACGACAGCGGCACCAGCAACGACAGCGGCAACAACAUCGAAAGCGGCAUCAGCAACGACAGCGGCAUCAACAACGACAGCGGCAUUUUUGUGAACUCGACACCAGUGUAAAUUUCAGUAGAGACACCCAUCGUACACCAUACUUUGGAUAUGAUGACAACAAAGGCUCCAUGACAGUCAACUGGCUCGUCACUUGAGGGAUAGGAAUAUGGAUAGCGGGAUUUAUUGUCAGCAUAAUUGGUGCUGUGUACGCCUGCUCUCGGGGAUAGUGUCGACGACGUUCCAGACAGAGCUUGAAACAAUUAAACAAUGGACAGACGAUACUUAGCAUGGAUCCUGGGCCAAGUGCCGUUGGAGGACAGCCAUUUUGCUCCGUAGGCGUGUCGCACCACCCACCACAUGACUAUUUACAUGUAGAUGAUGACGAGUACGAUGAGAUUAAAUGUGAGAGGACGGUGGAAGUUAAUUCCAUUAGUCAGUCCGUAGACGACAACAUCGUAUAUCAUGAAAUCGACGCCGACGACAUUACAGAGCGUCAGGGGAAACCAACAUACAUGUCUCUCCAGAUGAGAGAAACGCAUCUGUACGACGUCUCAUUCAAUAGUUCGAAUCGCUAAGAAUGACGCUCCAGUUGAGAUACAUGUUGCUGUGGCCAAAUAACUUCAGAAUGCAAGUCAAGGGGACAAUGAUUUUGCGCAGGCCGGACGGCUUGUAAAUGCCGGUAAAGUGGAGGCAUAGUCUGGAUUUGCCCUUCAGCUUCUUUAUGACGAUAUAUGAGGAAAAAAAUGACGCUAUCCCAUUGGGGUUUUUUAGACACCAAUGGUAUAAAAAUAGCACAUUGGCCUUAGAGCUUAUAAAUGUCGUUGUCGGGAAGAAAAAUAACACAUUGGCCGACGUGCCUAUAAAAGUCGCUGUAGUUAAGAAAAUAGUGGCCAAUGAGCUCGUAAAAGACGCUACAGGAAAGACAAAUAACACAAGUGCUGAAGAGAAAUUGAUUUAACGGAAUUAAAAGCUCAAAAACACAGCAUGAAAGUAAUGUUAACAACAACAACAACAACAAACAACCCCGGCAAGAUUGACACGGCAGUAUCCGGGUUUAACGGAUCAAAAGGCGUCCACCGUAAAACAUCUCGCUCAUUCGGACAGUAAUAUUGCAUUAUGCAUGUUCAAGUUUAAAUAUUAGUAUUAUCAAAAGUCUCAAUAGUUAAAUUUUGUUAUCCACAUUUUUUUCCAUUAGCUUAUGUGUUUUUCUAAAUUGAUGCAGUAUGUGUGUUCUUUUUAUGGAGACAAUGAAGAUUAACUCCCCUAUUUGCAUUUAAGUUGUGUGUAAAUGUUCAUUUUAAGAAAUAGGUAAGACAUUUAUGUCAUAUCGGCAACCUAUUUUGUACACCCUAGUUUUGCUUAAUUUUUGUAUUUUCAUAUUUUUGUUUUAGUAGUAGUAUU